AUGCUUACUCUUAAGCUGUUCGUUUACACAGUGGUUAUUUUUUUCGUUUCUCUUUUUGUUUUUGGAUUUUUGUCAAAUGAUCCUGGUCGUAAUCCUGGACGUAAAGAAUAA